UUAAUCUCAUGCCUUCCCAUCAAGCCAAGCAGUACACUAAGGAGCUAUUCACAACUGAGGAAGGAAAAGAUGCAGUUCAAGAUGGGGAGCGUCCUGCUGUCUCUUCUUUUCUGGUACAAAGCUGUGAUGGCCCUCUCCCCAGGAGAGGAUGAGAGACUGGAGCUGUGGCACAGCAAGGCUUGCAAAUGCGAUUGCCAAGGAGGCCCUAACUCAGUGUGGUCCAGCGAGGCAAACGGCUUGGAGUGCAUGCCAGAGUGUCCCUACCACAAGCCCCUGGGCUUUGAGUCUGGUGCCAUCGCACCAGAGCAGAUCAGCUGCUCCAACCCUGAGCAAUACACUGGCUGGUACUCCUCCUGGACAGCCAACAAGGCCCGUCUCAAUGGCCAAGGCUUCGGGUGUGCAUGGCUCUCCAAGUACCAGGACACUGCACAGUGGCUGCAGAUUGACCUGAAGGAGGUGAAGGUGAUUUCGGGGAUCCUCACACAAGGGCGCUGUGAUGCUGACGAGUGGAUGACCAAGUACAGCGUACAGUACCGCACCGACGAGAACCUCAACUGGGUGUACUACAAGGACCAGACCGGGAACAACCGGGUUUUCUAUGGCAACUCCGACCGCUCGUCCUCGGUGCAGAACCUGCUGCGGCCGCCCAUCGUGGCCCGCUACAUCCGCCUGAUCCCGCUGGGCUGGCACGUGCGCAUCGCCAUCCGCAUGGAGCUCCUCGAGUGCCUGCGCAAGUGCGGCUGA